GACCGCUUUGUUGGUUCCAUGACGCAAAUAAGGAAGAUACCAACAUGGCGGACCACAAUGUUAGUCAGGAUUAACAUGAAAACAAAGCAUGAAAGAACAGUUUACAUGGAGAGAUUUCAAAAAGUGAGAUGUUCGUAUUAUAGUGUAUUGUCAGAUAUCUUAUACAGCUAGUCAUGGGCACCAAACAAAGUACUCCAUCUCAGAGACCACGGACAUUUUCAGGAAGUGGUCCCGUGCCCGGGGGCUCUGGGGCAGACGUUGCUGUGGGUUCUAGUGGGGCUUCUAACACCCGACUACGAGCCCGCAGUUUGGGACAUUUCAGUGCAUCUACCCCAACGGGGCUAGUGAUACCACCGGGUGCCACUGCCAAUGGUGACAGACGGGGUACCAGGUCGCCUGACUCGGACUCCAGUACCCCAGAGGAAGGCCCAUCAUUUGGCAGACAGUUUGCGCAUUCUUUACCUUUACACCUUUUUGCACUUCAAGGCAUUAAAUGUCCGGUGUGUGCCAAGUUUAUACCUCCCGAAGAAAUCGAGUGUCACUUAGUGAUAUGCUUGACCAAACCUAGAAUCAGUUACAAUGAGGAUGUCUUAGUUGAAGACAAGGGAGAAUGUGUGAUAUGUUUUGAAGAGCUGGAGAAAGGGGAUACCAUUGCCCGAUUACCAUGUUUAUGUGUAUAUCAUAAGGGAUGCAUAGACAAGUGGUUUGAGAAGAAUCGCUCUUGUCCGGAGCAUCCCUCUGACUGAGGAGAAAAAGAUGAAACCACUGUCAUCAAUACUCUACAGAGAAGAGGGCUGUAUCUUCAUGUCUUUAGCAGCGACCACAUCAAGCAAAUGUGUACUGAUAAAUAUGGGCUUUCAUUGCAAACUUCAUUUAUUCUUGAGAGUGUAUGUAACUAUGAUGAUAUUAGGUGCCAGGUCAUGGAGAGAGGAGGCUUACAAUUUUUGAUAGCUGCGACAAAGGAAAUCCCCCAUUUCCCGUUCAGCAAGCGUUAGUUUAAUCUAUAGUCAAGCUGUAGUGCUGGUGCAUGUUUUCAUCAACAACACAGGUCGUCUUUUGAAGUUCACAUCCUGAGGAAUGUGUGUGUGACUGGUUCACACACACUCUCACACACACACAUACACACAGGUGGAUGUGACAACUUCAUCUGCAUAUCAGAGACCAGAUUUUGGCAUUUUCUGUAUUGAAUAUGCAGUAUCUCUGUAUACUUUUCACCAACAUGGCUUUUUUUGUUUUUUGUGAAACCUUCAUAAAAUUAUGUAUAUGUAUCUACACUGAGAGAAGAUUACUGAAUCACAUCUUUUUUUUUAUGAGAUUACUUCAUCUUUCUGAUUGUUAGUUUGUGAUAUGAAUAUUAGUGGAAGGUGCCGCUGUUGAUAAGUUUCGGUACUUGCGCCAAUGUACAGUGCUGAUUUUGACUUCUUCGUAGUCACUUUCAAGCUUUAAACCAUUCAAGUAUAACCAGAUGAUUUUUUUUCUUUUUCUUUUAAUUAUUAUUGUGAAAUUCAGGUCCAUGAUCUUAAUGAUGUCAAUAGGGAAACAGUAGAUCAUCAGUCAACUUUAAUUAAGUAGGUGAUGUAUGGUAGUAAAUAUUUUUCAAACAAAACUAGAAUACCCUUUUCUUUCUUGAGGCUCUUAUGCUUAUACAUGUAUUAGUUUUUGAAAAUUUUGGACAUUUAUAAAGAUUCUGUCUGCCUGACAAGUGAUGAGUCCAGCUGUGUGUCAAAAUAUGUGUUUCAUCUGUGAUCUUCAAAAAUUUCAAAUAUCAAUCUAUUUCUAGUGUUGGUUACAUUGAACACCAGUUUCUACACAAAAUAUUUCUUGUGAACAUCUGCAGAAGCAAGUGCCUGUGAGCCUGGGUUAGUACUUAAGACAAAAAGAAUAUUUCAAUUGAACAGUUUCCCAAAUGCAUGUGAGAUACAAACUCUAAUCAUGCAUGUAUAGAAGCCAUGCUUUAAUUUCCACAGCAUGGAUACAAACCCUUUUGGUCUAUGAAUUUACUUGUGUUUUGUGUAAAUGUCUCUCACAGGGUAGAUAUGGACUAUUUGUAUGUAUUUUGAUAGAACCAGAAACUUACACUUUGGAUAUUUAUUAGUUGAUUGGGUUGAAAUAUUAGUACAUAUACAUUGUACAUGAUAACUGAUAAAAAAAUCUGCAAGUACAUCUCAGAGUAUCCCUCAUGGCCUUCCAGUUUUACCCAGUCUGAUGAAAAGAGCAGCGGUUAUAAUGUAAUAUGUGAUAUAGAAUAAAAUUCAAUUGCAUCUUUCAUCUUGAAAAGAUAGAAAAUGUGCCAUUGAAACAUAACUCGAGAUCUCUUAUCAUAAAAUCUUACAUAACUUCAGUUCAGGUAUAUAGAAGGGGAUGGGGGUAGAACGGCUUUAAAAUACAAUAUUCAGGAUCUUUCUGAUAAUGAACUCUUUUGAAAUGAUUUUUUGAUAUUAAUUUAAAUCUUGUUAACCAGUGCUCUUUGAAAAGUUGUUACUCUAUGUAAAGAAAAUGCUUUACAACAAAUUUUUCACUGUUAAUUACUGUAAAUUCCUAGUUAAAGACCUGGAAUUUAUAUCUGUGUAAAAUGGCAAGAAGCAGCCCCGGUAUAUUUUUAAAUACUGUAAACGUAUUACAUUUGGCUGUGUAUUCUAUUUAGCGUUUUUGGCGGAAAAUGGUGUCCGCUAAGUCAAGUACAUCACCAAUUGUAAAAAAUAUAAGUAGACAAAAAGGUACAUUCAGAUAUAUGCUAUAAUCAAAUCCAAGUCAAAUGUAAUACGUUUACAGUAUCUGACAGUUGCAAUUUUUUUAUAUUCUCAUGAUUUUAUACAAAAUUGUGGAAUUCAGUAAUAGCAUCAAAUUGGGAAUUUACAGUGAUAUAAACUCCUUCAGUAUUCUUGUAUAUCCAUUGUAGUAUGCAAAUUUUUACUUCUAAAUAAAGAGAAUCUACAUUUGCAAUACGUUCUGAACUAUGAUUAAAUUGACAUUGUGUACACGAAAGAAAGGGUUGAAUUUUGUGGAAAUGAAAUGGCAUCUAAUUUUACAUGAAAUGACCAAUUUUGUGUACUGCAAAACUGAUGUACAAAAAGUGAAAAAUAUAGGAGAUAUAAGACCGUGUUGUCAUCAUCUAAAAAAGGAUAACCAAAGUUUUAAUGUGUGACUUGUUUUAAAUAGCAGUACAUGUAAUAGGUUAUUUAGAUAUAUUUAUUUUAAAGAAAAUCUGUUGCCUUGUUCUUGUAAAAAAAAAAGUCAAAAACCUUAUGAUCUAUCAAAUGGAUUUUAUUGUUGUGCUUUAUUUAUUUUUUUAAGUUUGUUUCUUUUGUAAUUAAUAUUAUUCAUUUCGUAGUUUUAAUCCUAAUAGAUUUUUUUUUCUCUGACAUUAAGUAUUGUUUAUUCAACAUGCACAUAUUAUUAUAAAUCAAAGAAAAAAACCCAGUUUUAUGUUGUAUGAUUAAGGUAAAAAAGUCCAUAGUUUCUCUGUCCAAAAGUUUUGAAGGGCAGGGAAUCCAUUUUGGUACAAGGUCUUAAAGGAGAAUGGCACAAAAAUAUUUUAUUUUUACUUUAAAAUUAAAAAAUUGAUUUUUCUUUAUUUUUCAAAAUGGCAAUAAAACUGAUCAGUGUGGAAGCAAUGGACACCUGUUGCCUGUACAGCAGAAACUAGAAAUCAACAUUUUUUUUUUUUUUUUGUCUGACCAUUCUGGAAUUGUUACUUUUGUACCUGUCUUUCAGAUUUUUGUGUAUUUAUUUGAAAUUCAGUCCACAAACAGCAAAGUCAAACAGAAUCUAUGGUUGACCUGAUACAUGCAUUGCCUUGGUCACUAUAGACUAUAUUCACAAGGGUUUCAAAAAAGUUGUAUUUCAUUUUAUAAAGGUCUAUCACCACUCAUGUAAGUCUAUAUAUUUUUGUUUUUGUUAUGUUUUUGCAAUAUAUAUAUGCAGAUCAUUUUGUAAAUUUUUCAUGUUUUGUGUUUUAUUUGUAAAUAAAUUAUCAUUUUAUA